CAGCACAGCAGAGCUGCAGCAGUUGACAAGGUCGUCUCGCUCUUUGGCGAAGCGUAACAACACACACAAUCCGUGGCUCCGUUGCAUAACAGCUGGAGCACCCGGGCGUCACGCUUUUUAUUCGAGUCCUAGACAUUGGGCUGUGUGCUGGACGAACUGCUGCUGCUGCUGUGGGGGUACGUCGUCUUUUCUUCACUCGUGCCGCACCGGGACGCACACCAUCUUCACGUGGGGAGAGCAGUAGCUAGCGCACCAUGGCCGAGCCUGGAGCACCAAAGACUUCGGUGGAGUUCAAGGUGGUGGUGCUGGGAGACAAAGGGGUGGGCAAGACGUGCCUCGUGCUGAGGUUCAUCGAAGGCUACUUCGCACCCAAGCAGCAGAGCACGAUCGGCGCCUUCUUCCUGACCAAGCAGAUCACGGCAACCGACGGUACAAUUUGCAAGAUGCAGAUCUGGGAUACGGCGGGGCAAGAGCGGUUCCGCGCGAUGGCCCCCCUGUACUACCGUAACGCGGCGGUGGCGGUGGUAUGUUUUGACAUUAUGGACGAGGAGUCCUUCCAGAAGAUGAAGGACUGGGUGGAGGAGCUGCGAACGAACGUUCCAGAAGGAAAGCUUGUCCUUGCCAUCGCAUGCACAAAGACGGACAUGGAGAGCAAACGAGUAGUCUCGCGAGCUAGAGCGGAACACUUCGCGACGGAAGUGGGGGGAAUUAUUUGCGAAACGAGUGCGAAGGAGAACUGGGGCGUCAACGAGCUUUUCGCGAGGGUUUGCGAUCGAGCGAUGGAAACGAGGGGUCCUGAACUCCGAGGCCAGGCUUCAGGGGGGGCAGCGGGGACGGGGGGGCGGAAGAGCAACUUCGGUCUCUCUCCCGCCGCACAUGCCGCAGGUUUUGGAGGAGAUACCGGGGCGGAAAGCGGGGGCGGCUGUUGUGGCUGAGCCUUUUGUUGCUUUUUGAAACAAGUUUCCCACCUUUCGGCCUCGAAAUUUUGUCACGAUCGAAGGUUUUUUACUGCGUAUUCUUGUCUCAAGUAUUUUGUGAAAUAGGAAAAGGGACCUUAACGGGCAUAAGUUGUGUUGGUCGGGCUGGCGGGUCGAGCGACAGGUAUCUAGUUGCCAGCGAGAGCAAGAGAAAGAGAGGCAGUUCUAGAACUUUGAGCACGACUGGCUUGGUUGGGGAAAAUGGAUGGAUCGGCCAAAUAGUUUGGCCGAGCUACAUAAAAGCCUGCGUGUCUUCUUUAGGGCGCUGCCAGGCAUACCGCAAGACACGUUCAUUCUCCCGCGUGUAAACGCCCCGGUGUAAACGUCCGAGUGUGCGUGUGUGUUGCGCGUGCAUGCAUCGUUUUCGGGUGCUCAUCGAGCAGCUCACGACCUGGAGCAAAAUAGGUCAUUUUUGUUUUCCCACGCCACUGUUAUUACACCCGUAUCCCUUCGCGUCGCGUUGUCUUUCCUAGCUUUCCGAAAGAGGAUGCUUGGGGCGGCCGUCUUCUCCAUCCUCCUUGCACAGAUCUGAGACCUGGCUUGAGCUCGU